UAGUUUUCUUUUUUGUAAUUUAUCCAAAAUUAAAAUGCGUCCAAGCAAAGCUUCAGUGACUCAAACAUGGCUGCUUUACAGACAGCUUUGUCUUUGGAAAGAUCUCUUAAUCAGCUUUGUCCGUCAGUUCAUAAGAAGAGCAAAAUCGAUGCUUUUGAGUCAUAACAUGGUCGCUGAUUCUGCUGAGAUCAGUGUUAUCGAUGUCAAGUCUCAUCUCUCCGUUGGGAAAGAUCCUAGUAACUUUCAGAUUGCUGAAAUUCGAAUUCAUGAUUCAAUCUGUAUUGAGAUUCCGGGCUCUGAAGAAACGCCUCUUUUAGGAUCGGUCAAGAGUUGUUCUGCAGCUGCAACGAUUGUUGAAGAGCCUUUUACUGAGUUUGUCCCAAAUAUAAGCUCUGGGAGUUAUGCGGAUAAGGGUGACUACCGGGAGUACAUGGAAGAUGAACACAUAUGCAUAGACGACCUUUCAGAUCAUCUUGGGUCUUCCUUCUAUAGAUUUCCGGUGCCUGUCGCUUUCUACGGUGUAUUUGAUGGCCAUGGUGGAUCUGAGGCAUCACAGUACAUAAAAGAGAAUGCAAUGAGAUUGUUUUUUGAAGAUGCUGUUUUUCGAGAAUCGCCCUCUGUUGUCGACUCUCUUUUCUUGAAAGAACUGGAGAAAUCUCACCGGGAAGCUUAUAGGGUUGCUGAUCUUGCCAUGGAUGAUGAAAGAAUAGUUAGCAGUUCGUGCGGAACAACCGCAUUGACCGCUCUUGUAAUCGGAAGACAUUUAAUGGUCGCUAAUGCUGGCGAUUGUCGUGCAGUGCUAUGUAGAAAAGGAAAAGCUGUUGAUAUGUCAUUUGAUCACAAAUUUACAUUUGAGCCAGAACGGAGACGGGUAGAGGAUUUAGGAGGGUACUUUGAAGGCGAGUAUCUCUACGGUGACCUUGCUGUGACAAGAGCUCUUGGAGACUGGUCAGUUAAGAGGUUUUCACCCCUCGGUGGUUCUUUCUCACCUCUGAUCUCAGACCCGGACAUUCAACAGAUGAUUCUAGCCGAGCAAGACGAAUUCUUGAUUAUGGGAUGUGACGGUAUUUGGGACGUGAUGACAAGCCAGUAUGCUGUCACUUUCGUCAGGCAAGGACUAAGGAGACACGGUGACCCAAGAAGGUGCGCUAUGGAACUGGGAAGGGAAGCGUUAAGGCUAGACUCAUCAGAUAACGUUACAGUGGUGGUCAUCUGCUUCUCAUCAUCCCCAGCUCCUCAGAGAAGAAGAAUACGGUUCUGUGUUUCCGAUGAAGCCCGAGCUCGGUUACAGACAAUGCUAGAAGGCUAACUGAUGAAGGUUUUUGAGCGGUCUUGAGGAGGGGACAAUGUAUAUAUUAUAGCAACAGAGAUGGAUUUUGACUUUUGAGAUAACCCUGCCAAGGCCAAAUUAUUUGAUGACAUUAUUACAUCUCUCUGAUAUCGGAUGAAAUAAAAAGAAGCCAUUUUUGAUCUGUUUGUUUGGCUAUUUAUUCUGUAGGAUUAUCGAAGCACUUAUGUUACAAAAACUGAUUAAGAUCUAAGGAAUUCAGGUGAUUCAGUUAAUCAA